AUGGCUCCCACUACAGGACUGCGCGCGUCCCUCGAAAGGGACGGAUUCGUCGUGAUACCCCAGGCUCUCGGCUCCGCACAACUAAUCAAGCUCCGCGAAGCAGCCGCUGAGGUCGAAAAGCUCGCUCGCGCGGGCGGGUGGCCUCAUAUCCGCACCGUUGGGAAGCAGUUCCCGCCUUGGCCAUCCAAGCCCAACGACGAAGAGGGUGGCAUCUGGGGCGUACAGAGUCUUCUGCACCCAGAUAUGCCUGGCCGGGACGAGUUUGCGCGGCUUUACUUUUCAGAAAUGAUACUGGGUCCAGCGCGAGAACUCAUGGGCAACUCCUCUGGUGAUCAGGUCUGCAGCGACGAGGACCUGGUCAUGGAGCUGCUCAACAUGCUGGUGCGUCCGGGUAAGGCAUUUGAGCUGCGCUGGCACCGCGACGACAUUAGCCCCGAUGCGACGGAGGAGGAGGAGCUCAAGAGGCUGUCGGAACCGGCGUGGCAUGCCCAAUGGAACCUGGCGCUGUGGGACGAUGACAGCCUGAUCCUUGUGCCUGGGUCGCACGCCCGCGCACGAACCCCCCAGGAGCGGUCCGCUGGUCCGUACGAGACUGGGCUGGAGGGCGAGAUGCGUGUCAGGCUGCGGGCUGGCGACGUUGCAUUCUACAACAACAACAUCUUUCACCGCGGUGCCUAUGAUCCCACCAAGGAGCGCCUGACGAUCCACGGCUCGGUGGGACACGUCCGUGGGGGCCAGCUCAGGGCGAGGAAUGUGCUCCAGCAUGGUGUCACAUGGAUCGACCGCUGCGACUUCAAAGAUGCACUUGGAUCUGAUCAGCAAGCUCUUGACAGAGCAGAAGCCAUGCGGGAACGUCUGAUCCGUCUGGGCAGGGAAAGCGGCGACGUCGGGUAUUCGUUGAGUGGCUGA